AAAAGCUCAUUGUUUAUUGUCCUAUGGUUCGUCCUCUGGGGAGUGUUAAUGUGCCUUAAAUUUGAACUUUGCUCGUUCACCUGUCCAGCGUUCCCAUCGAUUCUAAAGCAAAAGGAAAAAGGCAGGCAGCCACCGACCAACACGGUGGCUUCAGAGUCAGUUUGGAGUGAUGCUGUGGCUUGCCCUGCUUGUUUAUUUCACCUCAAUUAUUUCUCUGGAGGCAGGUUGAGAUUGUGUCACACAGCAGUCUGUCUGUCUGUCUGUCUGUCUGUCCAAAUAAACAUCUCAUUGCGAGACUGCAGUGAGGUUGCCCGGCUCUGCGAAACCAUAAGUAAACACAGCGAACAAAGAGGAGCCACACACCCAUCGACGAGCGCAGACAAAAAUCAGGAGGGGCUGUAGUUUCCCACAACAGGGAGAGAGAAUAUAGAGCUCUGUUUCCCAACAUGUUACGCUCAAAACUGUGUUGUUGGUUUUUUUUUUUUUCUUGUUUUGCAAGUCCCCAUUAAAGAUUUUCUCUUUCUCCCCGGGAUCCAGGAGCCCUUUAACUACCUUAGACAGCUCAAUCCUUUCAGCUGCCAAAGAUCUAAUGCUGUCAUGACUUGCUGUGCGUGCAUGUGUGUGCAUGUUUUGUGUGUGUUUGUGUGUGUGUUUGUGUGUGUGCGCAAACAUUUCCAGGACAGUUGCACUAUGAACACUUUUACCACACAGGGGCCGCUGCCGACGGUGUCGAAGGGAACCCAUGUCAUCAUCCCGCUUGUGGAGGACUUGGAGGACGGCCGCUGGGAGGCUGCUGUUGUGAAACAGGACGACAGACAAAUAAAGCUGUCGGUUAAUUCUCCACCCACGGCGGUCAUCGGCCGAUACCAGCUCACGGUGGAGACGAACAGCGCAAACGGCCAGUUCAUCUCCACACACGACCCCGCUAACGACAUCUACAUGCUGUUCAACCCCUGGUGUGAAGAUGACGCAGUGUUCAUGGACUCAGAGGAGGAGAGACAGGAGUAUGUCCUGAACGACGUCGGACGAAUCUACUACGGCACACAGAAUCAAAUUGGAGUGCGGACGUGGAACUACGGGCAGUUCGAUGAUGGGAUUCUUGCCGCUUGCCUCUUUAUCAUGGACAAGAGUGGAACUCCUCCGUCUGGUUGGGGAGACCCGGUUAACGUGGUGCGAGUCAUCUCGGCCAUGAUCAACUCUGUGGAUGACCACGGCGUCGUGGCGGGAAACUGGUCGGGAGUCUACGCAGAUGGAACCAGUCCAACGGUUUGGAGCGGGAGUGUGGAGAUCCUGAAGGAGUACUAUAAAAACAAGGGCACCCCUGUCAAGUACGGCCAGUGCUGGAUCUUCGCUGGUGUUUUCACGACAGUUUUACGGUGUUUAGGCAUUCCCGGUCGAACUGUGACCAACUUCAGCUCAGCUCAUGACACGGACGUCUCCUUGACGACUGACGUGUACCUGGACGAGAACCUGGAGCCUAUAGAUCAUCUCAACGCCGACUCCAUCUGGAACUUCCACGUGUGGAACGACUGCUGGAUGACUCGUUCAGACUUGCCUCCAGGCAACGGAGGCUGGCAAGCUGUCGACGCGACGCCUCAGGAGACCAGCCAGGGCACCUUCCGCUGUGGGCCUGCUUCUCUUGCCGCUGUCCGCCAUGGUCAGGUCUUUCUGAAACACGACGCUCCGUUUGUGUUCGCUGAGGUCAACAGUGACAAAAUCUACUGGCAGAGGAACGUAGAUGGGACUUUCAGUCAAAUCUACAGUGAGAAGAAGACCGUGGGCCACCUCAUCAGCACGAAGGCUGUUGGUUCCAAUGAACGCCACGAUAUCACAGACCUGUACAAACACCCGGAAGGCACAGAGGCGGAGCGCAUCGCCGUGGAAACAGCGUGCAGCUACGGCUCCAAAGCAGAGGCCUACUCGUCUCCCACCGCCGCGGACGUGACCGUGGAAGUGUCCAUGGACGGCGAAGGUCCUAAAAUGGGCGGAGACGCGGAGCUGACCAUCAUGCUGCGAAACAGCAGCUCAGAGGAGCGCAAGAUCAUCCUGCACAGCCAGGCAGCAGUCAUGUACUACACCGGCGUCCACAAGGCCACGGUCAGGAAGGACGAGACGGACGUGGACCUGCUGCCAAAUGAGGAAAAGGCUUUGGAGUGGACCCUGGAGUACAAAGACUACAAGGACCAGCUGAUAGACCAGGCCGCCCUGAUGCUGACUCUGUCCGGCAGAGUCAAGGAGACACAGCAGGUCCUGGCCACUCAGUUCAGUUUCCGGCUCAGGACCCCAGACCUCUUCAUAAAACCAAUCGGGAAGGCCGUGGUCGGGGAGAAGAUGUCAGUGGAGAUCUCGUUUACUAACCCACUCCCACAGGUGCUGAAGGCGGUCAAAUUCCACGUGGAGGGACUGGGCCUUCAGACUGCUCACACAAUUCAUUAUGGAGAUAUUGGCAGCCGCGCCUCCGUGUCUCUGACCGAGCACUUCGUCCCCACCCUGCCCGGGCCGAGGAAAUUACUGGCUUCGCUGAACUGCAGGCAGCUCACACAGGUUCACGGUGUGGUAGACAUCCUCGUGGAGGACAAAAGCGACGGCGCUUGAUAGCGGAUUCAAAGCCAGACGUGCCCCGACACUGAAAAAUCAUCUCUCUUCCAUGUUAUUUAUGCGGAAACAUCUGAGGAAAACGUGCCGAGACGGACAUAACUUUUUAUAUUCUAUGAAACAGUGAUAUAAAUAACCUCAGAGUGUUUGCAGCUUAAAGGAAAGACCUAUUUUUAUUUAGAUCAUGUUGUGUGUGUGUAUAUAUAUAUAUAUAUAUAUACUGUAAAAAUGCAAUAUAUUUAUUUAGUGUACUUUGCCCUGUAUUUGCAGUAUGUUUUUUAAUUUAAAUAUCCAAGUUCUGCUGCAAAUGUUCAUGUUUCAUUAAAACAAAAAAAA